UAUAAAUAUAAAUAUCGUUACAAAAAAGGCCACGUGUCAGCUGAGGUUAUUUACCCAUGGCUGCUUCUCUCGGCACAACCACCGCGCACGGCGUCGCCGCCGCAUCUUGUAAAGCUUUUACGCCCCAAUACUCGCCUAACAACGUUCUCACGAAUCCGUCGCGCCGUCUCCGCCGUGAAUUCCCUCUCCUUCGCGCCAAAUUAGCCUCCCUCAGCUCGCCCCAACGGUGUCGUAUCAGUCCAUCCGCCGUCUCCAAUUCUACAGGGGCUGAGACUUCGGCUGUGACUGAUGGUGCCACUGACUUGCUGGAAACCGUGAUAGUCUACAACUUGAAUGGGAAUGGAAUCCCCAUUUCUGACUUGUGGAAAGAUAGGAAGGCUGUGGUAGCAUUUGCUCGUCAUUUCGGAUGUGUUCUCUGUCGAACAAGGGCAGCCUACCUUGCUUCUGGAAAGGAUACCAUGGACGCUGCUGGUGUGGCGCUUGUUAUAAUUGGGCCUGGAAGUGUUGAUCAGGCAAAAGUUUUCUCAGAGCAAACAAAGUUCAAAGGAGAGGUAUAUGCAGACCCUAGCCAUGCAUCGUAUGACGCACUGAAUUUUGUCUCUGGUGUUACCACCACAUUUACUCCCCGGGCUGGUUUAAAAAUAAUACAAGCGUACCUUGACGGAUAUCGACAAGACUGGGAGCUUUCGUUUGAGAAGGAUACCCGGACAAGAGGUGGCUGGAGGCAAGGUGGAAUCAUCGUUGCAGGCCCCGGCAAACAUAACAUCUCAUAUAUCCACAAGAAUGUUGGGUUUACGCAGGACAAAGAAGCUGGUGAUGACCCGGAGAUACAAGAGAUCUUGAAGGCCUGCUGUGUUCAAGACAACUGAGAAGCAUACUGAGAGUCCUUUUCACAGUAUUAUAUGCGUAGUAUUCUGUAGUAAAAAAAUAUCUGCUGUAUAUACACACAUCUGAAGUUAAAAUACCAAAUACUACAUCUAUUGUUGUCUCAGUUGUCUAUGGAAUCAAGUUAUGUUGUUGAA